CAUUAUUCACACAUCUCAUAAGCAAAAUAAAAGCUAGCAAGAGUCGUAUGGCAGCGUCUAGAUUAUUAUUAUCGGAGCUUUCCAUCUUUGUGCUGAUCACCGCCGCCGCGGCAACCACCGCCCAUAACUACUACGAUAUGGCCUCGGCGCAAUGCCGCGAGGGGAACGGGCCGGGUGACCAGUUGGCAGUGGCAGUGCAGAUAAAGAAAUCCCUCAUUUAUGAUUUGAUCGAGAAGUUGCCGUAUAGAAGCGAGCCGUACUACUGCAACGAGCUGACGCGGGACGGGCUGAAGAUGAACGGUUUCGCGGAGUGCCCCGCUCGGGACCGCAACGGAGACGCCAGCAGGAGAGCGUGCACCGACUGCUUGGUUCUGGUGGGUGAUGUACUGAUCGACGGCUGUGGAAAAACCGGCGCCGGCUACGCCCAUGAUCUUGACUCGGUUUGCUCUUUUAGCGUUGGAUACUCCUUGGGUGUUUGCCCCCAUGGGACUUACUAGCUAGUCGGCUUCGUCGCGCCCCGUUCGAUAUGUGGUUUGAGGUAAUAGGUUAGUAUAUCCAACGUUUAGCAAGCUAAGUAUACGUCAGCUCUUAAGAAGAAGCUCUGCAGAAAUGAAGAACAAGUGCAGAGUUAAAGAAAGAAGAAACCUCACCCAGAAACGUUUCGUUUCCUGGGUUGCCUACACUCAACGUGAACGAAGAGGCAAAGCGGCGUCGUAGUGGAGCUUCUAAGUUUUUACCGUUGGGUGGACUUUACCGUAGCGAACGAGGGAUGGACACGUGCUGUUUUACCAUUAUGUGUUUUUGAAUUUUAGUUUUUACUGUAUCGUGAAGAACACAGUUCUGGUUAUUUUUGUAUAAAUAGAAAACGCAGGAGAUCCCUUGCUCCUUGCGCAUUUCCCCAUUCUUGUGUCGUCGUCUUCUUCCGCUUACCCUAGCUUCAGCUAGUUUGAUAGCUCUCGCCCCCUAGCUCGUUUUUAUUUGUGAGGAGAAGAGAAUGUCUUGUGUCCAAGUGAUGAUUUACUUGGCUUUCUCGAGAGAUGAUGCAUGGUUACUAAUGGCAAGUGAAUUUCUUGAUUUCAAGCAGGAUGAAGAUGUUAUGUGAUAUCAUGACAUGCAUUAGACAUCCAUUUAUUGAUUUUGGGUUUGGAAUUUUUUUUUUUUUAUGAGCAUUACAUUUUGAUAGUAAAUUUAUUUUUGUUUGGAUUGAAGUCACCUCUUCGCGUCACUGUAAGAGAAACUGUUCUUUGGCAACCUGAAGGGUUGGUCACUAAACACGACAUUGGUCACGAAUACAAUUAGCGACUGGACAAAUUUGGUGGCAAAUAACGAAUUCAUAGGGGGAGCCAAAAUUAUGGUCGGUCUCUAAUCAAGGGGGAAUUGGCUUUUCAAUAGUUUGGUUGCUCAUUGCCGGUGUGAUGAGUGUCAAAACCAGUUGUUGGCAAAUUAACCAGUGUUUAUUGGCUCCACCAAGCUUGAACAUGUUGUAUAGCAGGUAGGGUUAGGAUUUCAUACCAAACUGUAUGAAAAAAAAUCGUGGUUUAGAUCAGACUACACGGUUUGAUCCCAACCCGUGAGACCAGAAUCACGAUCUAGUCUGACCUGCGGUUCAUGGAGUUCCAAUAUGUCUGCACCAUUUUACUAUAGGUUGCUGAAGGGUCGAGUUAUCACGUACGAUUUUUCAAAUCGUUGCUGAAGGGUUAAGUAUCACCAACUAUUUUAAAAUGGGUUGAUUAAGUAUUAAUUAAUUGUCGACGAUAUAAUUAAUGGUCAAAAUUUGG